CUUUUUCUUCUCUCUCUCUCUCCCCGUCUCUGGUUCACGUCUUCUCUCUCUGCGGCAGAUAUGGAGAGUGGUGCCUGCGUAGGUCUGUACCCCUUGCAUCGCUGCAAAACCAUUCACCUGGUGAAUACCAAUGCUCCUUGUUGAUUCAAGAUUACGUGAGACAUGCGCAGGGGAUCCACAAUGUUGACGGGGAGAAGAAUUAUAAGGCAUAUAUGUCUCCUGAGUACUUUGAUGCAGAAUUGACCCCACUUGGAUGGCAACAGGUUGAUAAUCUGCGCAAGCAUGUCCGUGCUAGUGGACUUCACAAGAGGAUUGAAUUGGUCAUCACGUCCCCACUAAUGAGAACAAUUCAAACUGCUGUCGGUGUUUUUGGUGGAGAUGGCUACACAAAUAUCAGUGAUGUAGUACCUCUAAUGGUAGCAAAUGCAGGAAAUAGCAGCCGUGCUGCGAUCUCAAGUUUAAACUGCCCACCCAUUGUUGCCGUAGAGUCCUGCAGGGAACAUUUGGGAGUCCAUCCGUGUGAUCAGAGGAGAAGCAUCGGCGAGUAUCAGUUUCUUUUUCCUGCAGUUGACUUUUCACUGAUAGAGACUGAUGAAGACAAGUUAUGGAAGGCUGACAUUAGAGAGACGACUGAAGAACUUGCAGCCAGGGGAACCAGAUUCCUGAACUGGCUGUGGACAAGGGAAGAGAAAGAGAUUGCGAUAGUUACACACAGCGGUUUCUUGUUUCACACUUUGAAAGCGUACGGGAACGACUGCCACCCAGACGUGAAGAAGGAGAUAAGCAAACACUUUGCGAAUUGUGAGCUCCGUUCAAUGGCUCUAGUGGACAGAAGUAUGGUGGGAUCGGAUCCGUCGACAACGAACUAUCCAGGAAAGAUACCCGAGGGGCCUGACCUACCCAGCGAUGCGGAAGACGUGAAACUAGAGGGGAAUGAAUCCGACCCUGCUUCGUAACUACACGACCAUUAAAGUACCCAUUCCAAACCAUUUAUCCUAAACCGUCAAUCAUUCUCGGGUGUUUUGUUUUUCUCUUUUUGGAUGGUAUGCACUAUGCCCUUUCUCCAGGUGAAUUUGAGCUUAUACGACUCGGUCCAAAGUAAUUCGUACCAAGUUCGAGCCACCAGAACGCGUUUCUUAUUUCUCAAAAAAACUUUAGUUUUCGUUAUCCAUUACUGGUUGUGAUACCCAAAUCGGUCAUUGAUUAUGUGACAUAUUCAUGGGAAGAAAGAAUUUCCACCUUUGGACCGUUGACAA